ACUCCGAGAGAGUAAUGAAUGGCCAGAGCAUUGCUUUACUAUUUUUGACAAGCCAUAUCAAUGCGCUACCUUGGAACAUACGCUACCUAAUAUCGGUUUGAACUUUUAUUCACAUUUAUUCACUAGGCAUAAACCAGACAAGGAGAAGAAGAAGACCGAGUUGGACUAAUUAGUCUACUACUAACUCGAAUCAAUAACCUAACUGCAAACUGACACAAGCUUCUACAUUUUCAUAUUUGUCAAGCCGAAAGGGAUCUUGCUUCUGGACAUGUGAAUCAAAGGAGUUACUGCGAACCCCUGAAAAUGAAGCUACUAGCAUCGGUUCUGUGUUGCUUGGGCUUUCUGCUCACUUCUGCGCUGUUUCGGAGGAUCUCUUCACAAGCAGUAUGCGCCGGCACAGAGAACAAGCUGAGUACUCUGUCAGACCUGGAGCAGCAGUACCGCACCCUAAGGAAGUAUUAUGAGAACUGUGAGGUGGUGAUGGGGAACCUGGAGAUCACCAGCAUCGAUCGCUCCAGAGACCUCUCCUUCCUCAGGUCUAUCCGGGAGGUGACAGGCUAUGUGCUGGUGGCUCUGAACCAGUUUGACUACCUGCCGCUGGAGAACCUGAGGAUCAUCAGAGGAACUAAGAUGUAUGAAGAUCGCUACGCUCUGGCGAUCUUCCUCAACUACCGCAGAGAUGGGAACUUUGGCCUGCGCCAGCUGGGACUGAAGAACCUCACAGAGAUCCUACAGGGUGGUGUCUAUGUCGACCAGAAUAAGUUCCUGUGCCACGCAGACACCAUCCACUGGCAAGACAUCGUCAAGAACGCCCGCGUCAGCCCUCUGGUUGUGCCAACCAAUAGCAGUGUUACAUGUCAGAAGUGUCACGUCUCCUGUAAUGGUCGCUGCUGGGGCCCAAAGGAGGACCAGUGUCAGACCUUGACUAAAACAGUGUGUGCUGAGCAGUGUGACGGUCGCUGUUUCGGACCCUGGGUCAGUAACUGCUGCCAUCGCGAGUGUGCAGGAGGAUGCUCUGGACCCAAGGAUACGGACUGCUUCGCUUGCACCAACUUCAACGACAGCGGGGCGUGUGUGACCCAGUGCCCCCAGCCCCAUGUAUACAACCCCACCACCUUCCAGCUGGAAAGCAACCCCAGAGCCAAGUACACCUACGGAGCCUUCUGCGUCAAGAAGUGCCCACAUAACUUUGUGGUGGACCACAGCUCCUGUGUGAGGGCUUGUCCCAGCAACAAGAUGGAAGUAGAAAAUGACCGCAUCAAGAUGUGCAUCGCCUGCACUGAUAUCUGUCCAAAAGCCUGUGAUGGUAUAGGUACAGCCAGUCUGCAGUCAGCCCAGACUGUGGACUCCAGCAACAUAGACAAGUUCACCAACUGUACCAAGAUCAAUGGAAACCUGGUCUUCCUCAUCACUGGCAUUAAAGGGGAUGUGUACCACAACAUUGAGGCUCUGGAUCCAGAGAAACUGAAUGUGUUUCGGACUGUUAGGGAGAUUACAGGUUUCCUGAACAUCCAGUCGUGGCCAGAGAACAUGACAGACCUGAGUGUCUUCUCCAAUCUGGCAACCAUAGGAGGUAGAGCACUGUACAGUGGUAUCUCUCUCCUAGUGUUGAAGCAGCGGUGGAUCUCGUCCCUCCAGCUCCAGUCCCUGAAUGAGAUCAGUGCUGGUAAUGUGUACAUCACCAAUAACAGUCAGCUGUGCUACUACAACACCGUCAACUGGACCGGCCUGUUCAGAGCCAACAACCAGAAGGUCCUCAUACGGAACAACAGAGACCCCAAAGAGUGUACUACUGAGCGGAUGGUGUGUGACCCUCUGUGUUCGGACGCUGGCUGCUGGGGGCCGGGACCAGACCAGUGCCUGGCCUGUCGCUACUUCAGCCGGGGAAGCAUCUGUGUGGACACCUGCAACCUCUAUGAAGGGGAGGUGCGUGAGUAUGCCAACGGCUCGGUGUGUGUGGAGUGUGAUUCCCAGUGUGAGAGAGCAGACGAUUACUCUCUGACCUGUCAUAGCCCGGGUCCGGAUCACUGUGUGAAGUGUCUCCACUUUAAAGAUGGUCCUAACUGUGUGGAGAAGUGUCCCGACGGCCUUCAGGGGGCCAUCAGCUUCAUCUUUAAAUAUGCCGAGGCCAACAACGAGUGUCAUCCCUGUCACUCCAACUGCACGCAGGGGUGUAUUGGACCCAGACUGCAGGACUGUAUUGGCAUGAUGGACAGGACUCCCUUGAUUGCUGCCGGGGUGAUAGGGGGCCUCUUCGUCGUGGUCAUUGUGGCUCUGAGUGUAGCCGUGUCUGUCCGCAGGAAGAGCAUCAAGAAGAAGAGAGCCCUGCGACGCUUCCUCGAGACAGAGCUGGUGGAGCCCCUGACACCUAGUGGUACAGCCCCUAACCAGGCCCAGCUCCGCAUCCUCAAAGAGACUGAACUCAAGAGGGUCAAGAUACUGGGCUCGGGGGCCUUCGGCACCGUCUACAAGGGUAUCUGGGUGCCGGAGGGUGAGACAGUGAAGAUCCCGGUCGCCAUCAAGAUCCUGAACGAGGCAACGGGACCCAAGGCUAACGUGGAGUUCAUGGAUGAGGCUCUGAUCAUGGCUAGCAUGGAGCACCCCCACCUGGUCCGUCUCCUGGGGGUCUGCCUGAGCCCCACCAUCCAGCUGGUCACCCAGCUCAUGCCCCACGGCUGUCUGCUCGACUACGUCCAUGAACACAAGGACAACAUCGGCUCCCAGCUGUUGCUCAACUGGUGUGUUCAGAUCGCCAAGGGUAUGAUGUAUCUGGAAGAACGGAGACUGGUGCACAGGGACUUGGCUGCCCGUAACGUGCUGGUCAAGUCCCCCAACCACAUCAAGAUCACUGACUUUGGUCUGGCUCGGUUGCUGGACGUCAAUGAAAAGGAGUACAACGCUGACGGGGGCAAGAUGCCAAUCAAGUGGAUGGCCUUGGAGUGUAUCCACUACAGGAAGUUUACACACCAGAGUGAUGUCUGGAGCUACGGGGUGACCAUUUGGGAAUUGAUGACAUUUGGGGGGAAGCCCUAUGAUGGCAUCCCGACCCGGGACAUCCCAGACCUGCUGGAGAAGGGAGAGCGUCUUCCCCAACCUCCCAUCUGCACCAUAGAUGUAUACAUGGUCAUGGUCAAAUGUUGGAUGAUAGAUGCAGACAGCAGGCCGAAGUUCAAGGAGCUAGCUGCAGAGUUCUGUAGGAUGGCCCGGGACCCUCAGCGUUAUCUGGUCAUCCAGGGUGAUGACCGUAUGAAGCUGCCCAGCCCCAACGACAGUAAGUUCUUCCAGAGCCUGCUGGAUGAGGAGGAGCUGGAGGAUCUGAUGGAUGCUGAGGAGUACCUGGUUCCUCAUGCCUUUAAUAUCCCACCGCUGGCGUACACACCCAGGACACGUGUUGACUCCAACAGGAACCAGUUUUUGUACCAAGACCCUAGUUUCGGCAUGGAAGACAUGUUGGGUAUCAUGGGGACCAUCCCACGGGUGCUGUCCCUGUCUGCAGUCCCAGGGUGCAGGCCCCCAGGGGACCAGUCUGUAGGGGGGCAAGGCGGCAGCGGCCAAGAGGAUAAACGUUUCGAGGACCAGCGCUGUAACGGCACCCUGAGGAAACAGGCCUCACCCCGGCCCGCGGGACCUCCAGGACAAGGCGGAGCCCCAGCCUCAGGUCCAGGGGAGGACAGCAGUGGACAGCGCUACAGUGCAGACCCCACCAUCAUGCUGGUGGAGAGAGGAGCUAGAGGAGACACAGACCAGGAUGGAUACCUGACUGCCAUGAGGGAGAAGGCCUCCUCAGACUAUCUCAACCCUGUGGAGGAGAACCCGUUCGUGACGCGCCGGAGGAACGGAGACACCCUGACCCUGGACAGCUGUAACCCCUACCAGGUGGCCCCCAUAGGUCCCCAGCAGGCCGGCUCCGGCCCCAGAGUGGAUGACGAAUACGUCAACGAGCCCCUCUACCUCAACACCUUCCACAACCCCGGAGGACCAGGGCCAGGAGAGGGAGACUACACCGAUUAUACCCUGAAAAAGAACGGGGUCCCUGGGGGACACAACCCUAUCCUCGCCACCCUUACCAGCCAACCAGGCACCACUGGCGUCACUGCUGGCCAAUCAGGUACCACCCAGCCAGGGAACCCCUCCCACAGCAUCCAGGCAGCCAACGCCCACGCUGUCUCCGCACAACCGGGAUACGCUGCACCUCCGGGGCUCGGCGCAGCCGGCCCUCACCCAGGGCACAUCCUGCACCCAGGUCACCCUUCCCACCCCGGGUACACCCUCCACCCCGGUCUCACAGGCACCAUCAUGGUGGACAAGAAGACCAGACAAGACAAGAACAAGACGUUUGACAAUCCAGAGUACUGGCAGCAUAGCCUCCCUCCCAAAGCCACCCUGCACAACCCGGAGUACCUGCAGGACUGCAGCACGCGCUUCUUCUACAGGCAGAACGGACGCAUCCGGCCCGCCGUGGCCGAGAACCAGGAGUACCUGACGGAGUUCGCCCUGAAACCCGGGACCGUGCUACCGCCCCCGCCCUACAGACAGAGGAACACUGUGGUGUAACGUGGAAUAGUGAGGAGGACUGGGUGAGAAGAGGAGGAAGACAAGGGGAGGAGGAGGAGUGAGGGGGAAGGACGGAGGAAGAAGGGCAAGAUCGUGGGAGGAUGGGAGGAGGAGAGAGGACUGAGUGUGAGAGGGAGGAGGAGGGAGAAGUGAAAACGGGAAGGAGGAGGAGUGGACAGUCCCUCUCACUCUCAGUCACGCAGUAUUUACGUAUCAAUGCAUCAAGCACUGGACUGACACAUCUAUAUCUGUCUGUCUGAUUGUCUAAUAUCACAGUAAUAUUAUUGUAAUAUACACAAUGCUGAGAGCCUCCUACCACCCAUGAACCCAGGACUGAUGAGCACCUCUCUGUCUGUAUCUAUCUGAUUUAUACUGGAUUACAGUAACAUUAUACAUAUACAUACUACUGAACCCAGGACUAAUGAGCACAUUGCUAGCCUCCCCUUCCACUCAGCCCCUCUUAGCCAACCUAAAUUACUCCUCUACCACACCCACUACUCUCCCUCAGCUCCGCCUCUUCAGUGUUGAUCACACAAACAGGCGCCACCCACUCCUGGGAAACGGUGGACCUCUCUCUCAUGUGACUUUGUCCUCUUCCUGACUCCGACUUUAUACUCCUUUAGACUCCAGCUUCACCAACAACAUCAACAACAACUAUAACAACAGCAGAACGCUAAAGGAACAGUGACAUGUAAUGACUACUGACAGACAAUGACACCCUCCCCCAGAAAAACCCAUUACAAGACCAUUGUUUGCUCAUUAUCUUACCUACACUAUUUUAUUAGUAAGAACCAACCAGUAAUUCCCCGUUUAUACACAACACUACACUUGGAGCACCACAUGUUCCAACUGGUUUCAUUUGUAGCAAUCCACCAACAACACGUACAGUAAUGUCAUGAGAGCUGUUGGUGGGCAGGACAGCAGGUUCAUAUAAGAGGAAAUGUAUACAUCUGUUUAUUCACUGCUGUUCCAUCACUGUCUGCCAAGCCCCAGCCACGCCAUUCAUCUGUCUCAAAAUGUGGAGUAUGAAUUCAUGUCCGCUGACUGGACUGACUGGCUGGCUGGCUGGACUGGACUGACUGGCUGGUUGACAUGGUUUAAACCCCUCUGAAUACAUAAUGCAAUUCAAUCAUGGAUUGUACAGCACAGCUCAUAUCCUCUAUAACAUGUUCAUUUGUAUCUUGCAAAGAAGGAAGAUGUGCUCCCUACCUUGACACAUCAAUAACCCUGUACAUGUAUGAUAUAGUCACAAACACAUACACACACACACAGAGAGAUAGCGUUAGCGUCGUGUGCAUUCCGUUUUGGACCAGGAGCUCCGUUGACCUUGGGCUCUAAAGCAGUGGAGACCAGCCGGCAUGAGAAGACAAAGUCACAGCAAGUAAAUGGCAGUGUUAUACUGUAUGUAAAGCUGGAAUGGUCUACGUUGAACACACUGAAAUACAUCAGGCCACAGCCCAGGAUUUACGAGGGAAUGGGCUUAUCAGUAAGGAGAGGAUCUCAACCAACCAGCCAUGCUGUUAUAGCUUCUAACCCACAUGACUUCUGAGGCAAACAAAUCUGGAUCGGGAUCGAUGCUGUCAUAGAAUAUAGACCGGAAACUGCUGUGUGUUACAGUAUUUUUUAACUGAUAAACCCUGGCAGAGCUGGUGACAAAGACCUCAGGAGACAGGACUGAUGAGGUGAUGGGGACUGAAGUUUGAACUGGACUGGAUAGAUAGACAGUUGGAGGAGAAAGAGAAAUAGAUGGCAGGGUCAUGUUCAUUUGGCACCAAAUGGAAGACAACGGACAGAAACAGGGAGGGACUACCUGGACAUUGCAAAAUGUUUUGUUACGGUGUGAACGUGACCCACGUGUGUGGAGGACUGGAGAAUUCUGGGGCCUGGAUAGUGGCGGGCAGCAGACACCAGUCUGUCUGGGAUAAGAGAGGUCUAAAAACUUGGUCUGGUCUUGGGUCUGGUCCUGGGAAUAAAGGAGGAUAACUAAGCCCUGAUGUGGUGGACACAACCAUGGAGGAGAGUCAUUGAGAGUUCUGGUCAAACUGGAGAGGAGAAGCCUGAGAACCUGAUCUGGUCUUGGGGCGGCCAUGGCCAGUGAGGAGUGAACACAUGGACACAUGGAAAUACACAGGAAAUAAACCUAGUACACGCCAAGCAGACUCAUCAUUGUUGGAUAUGUUCUGUGGAAUAAUAUAUUAAUUUUGGGGGGAAAUUGGGGAUGGAUGGCAUCAGAUUUGGACAGUUGAAAUACUCUAAUUAUGUCAUGCCAUGAAGAAUAGUAUUGCAACUAGAACAACAUCAAAUUGGUCCCUAAAACUAAGACUUUUGCUCAACCCCAAAAUGUCUCUCCCCCUUCUACGUACAGUACAGGGGCAUCCACCCCAAAAUGUCUCUCCCCCUUCUACGUACAGUACAGGGACAUCUACCCCAAAAUGUCUCUCCUCCUUCUAGGGGCAUCCCUCUCCAACAAUUUGCAAUCAAGAUGGGAAAUGAAACUGUGCCAAAACAUUUGGAGAGAUUUCCUUCCUCCACAAUGACAUUUUCAUGAAGAAAAUGCAGGAGCUACAGCAGAUCAAGGACAUUGAACACUUUUCUAUUCAUGUUUGACAAUAAUGACAGUACAGGUAGACAGACGACAUAUCUAUGGAAGGCCAGGUCCAUGUGUCCCACAGAAUACUGCCAGAUGAUUUUUGUUUUUGCUGCUAGUAGAGGGGAAAUACUGUCUAGACAAAAUAAAUAUUUAGAUUUGGGCCUUUUUGAGUUUUGAUAGGACUUAUUAACCAUUUUGGCACAGACAAACCUCUCCAUUGUUUCCCCAGACAGAGGAACAUCAGGUUCUCAAUACAUUUAAAUUGAAUGAUGUAUUAUCUGUUGCAUCGCAGCUAUAGAAAAGGCAGGCAACCUACCCCAUUUCACUGUUAUUUUUCUCAUUGUGGCUUCAGUUUGUACGAUGCAGCACUUUAAUGAAGACUAGCAGAAGUAAACGAUGGUCGUGGUGGAAGAAGAGAACAAGGAUAGUAGUAACGGUCUAUAAGCACUGACAGGAGAACUAGAAGGCUCUCCACUCCAAUGAAAAUAGAAUGAAAUGUCCGGGAGUUUUUGGAGAGGCAUUGUGUUAAAUUUUGCUUAGUUUAGCCAAACACAGAUGUUUCCUGGAUGAUGUGUUUAUCUCCAGUUCUCCUCCUUUAUGAAAAAGAAUGACAUGCCAAUUAAGAUCCAUCUAAUUGGUAGAAUCAUGAAAGUGGUCCUUGUAGACAAAGCUACUUUGGUAGCGUCGCUAAAGAGUUUAUAGUCCUCGCGGACAAAGCUCCAUUGGGAUAACCACAGGAGGAUAUAAGGUCUGUUUAGAUAGCUGAUCACAACGCACUACAGAGUCUAGUCCCUGUCUACAAACCUACAGUGGUAGAAUCACUACAGAGUCUAGUGCCUGUCUACAAACCUACAGUGGUAGAAUCACUACAGAGUCUAGUCCCUGUCUACAAACCUACAGUGGUAGAAUCACUACAGAGUCUAGUGCCUGUCUACAAACCUACAGUGGUAGAAUCACUACAGAGUCUAGUCCCUGUCUACAAACCUAUAGUGGUAGAAUCACUACAGAGUCUAGUGCCUGUCUACAAACCUACAGUGGUAGAAUCACUACAGAGUCUAGUGCCUGUCUACAAACCUACAGUGGUAGAAUCACUACAGAGUCUAGUCCCUGUCUACAAACCUACAGUGGUAGAAUCACUGCAGAGCUUAUGGUCCUUGUGAACUAAGCUACAGUGGAAGAACCAUGUGAGGAUAUUAGGCCUGUUUAGAUGGCUAAGGCUUCUCUUUGGCAACUCUACCUGAGGUUAACACUGUGUGUGAGAUCACUAGUGUCUACUGACUCAACCGGACCUGUAGACCUCGCUCUCUGACAGAACGUUAAUGUGUUACAUGGACAUAAAUACUGUGGCUGUGUCAGAUACCAAGGUACUGUUUGUUUGUUCCUUCUCAUUUUGGAGGUUAAAAUUGAAUUUGUCCUCUGAUUUAAGAUGAUUCAUUUGAGAGCUAACAUUUACUAUAACUGUAUAUAUUGUCCUUGUGUAAAAUAAGUGUAUAACAGUAGAGUGGAAUCUAUGCUUUAUCUGGGGAGUUUAUCUGGGCACGUUUUAUCCCAGACUAUGAACAUGGGGAUAUUGGUGCAAUGACAGCCUAUGAGAGUGAUGUUAAGAGGACUCGUGAUGGACCUUACUGGUCAAUUAAAGCCAGUCUACAGGAGAAUACAACACCAGUGCCCUGUGUAUUAAAUACUGAAGCUAAUGAGAAACAAUCCCUUAAGGUAAACCCUUAUUUGAAACCCAUCACAAGGGUCUUUUACCUAGCAGUGUGCUGAUAGCUCUCCUUGUCCUCUAAAGCUGCUCUGUUCUGCGGGGAAAUCAUAUCACCCAACAUCUCCAAGCAACAUGGCGGAGAUAAAUACUGGUAGACAGGGCAAUAGUUUCCAUCCUAAGCAGGGUAAGAGGCAGAGAUAUUAGCAUUCCACAGAUGUUAGGAGAUCAAUACAUCAGUGUUACAAUAGGUUGUCUGAGAAGCAGCGUUUGGAUGCAGUGCUGGAAGCUAGAGGAAGAGACUGGAGUUUUACUUUAUCUCAAAAAGAUGACUAAAGAAAUGUAUGUAGCGAAAGCACUGUUGACGUUGAGUGGUGUGUAUUUACAAGCGGACUACCAUAAAGCAGUUAAUGAGGAGCAACUUGAAGACGACCAAAAUUAUCUUGAAGAAGCGACCGGCGAGGAGUUUCAGAAGUGAGAGUUGUAGAAUCAUAACACUUUAAUGCAUUAUGUCUUCGGGUUGUUUUAGCAAAAUCCUUUAGGAACAAAAGGAGCACAAAUAUUCCCUCUUGUUUCAUCUCAACACUGAUUGUGCACACUCAUUUUAAUCAGCAAUGUUGAAACGGUCACAUUUAUUUGAUUCAGCUACUACUGUAUUUACGGUUUUGGGGUAUAAUAGUCCAAAUGGAUGUAACCAUGACAUCUUUAAGAGUAUUGUAAAUUGUGUUAAUGGUGAUGUUUCUUAGUGUAUCUCAAUGGGGGGUUCAUAAUGGCAAUAGAUUGUUGUUUCUUUGACUCUGUUGCUAUGAGAAAGGGCACAGACAUUUCGGUGAAGGCCUCUUUCACACUGUUGUAUCUCAAUGUUACUCCCUCCUGGAUCUACAACCUGGAGUAAAUCCCUAAAGUACAUGAUGGACGGUAUUCCUGUAAUUUCUUACAGUGCGAAAUUAAUUUCUAAAGGACAUUUUUGUAAUUAUUAUGGUAUUAAUAUGUACAGUUUGUUCCAAUAAGCCUUGCCUGUUUCCCCAUGGGCUGAAGUAUUCCUUUGCACAUAGAUAGGAUUUAAAUCCCUACAUGUACAACUAAAUACUGUAUGAGAGGCUGCACUCAGUGCAUCUCAGAACUUAUUGAUGCAUACCAGUUAACUAACACAAUAUUCAUACAAUUCAUCAUAUACUAUAACACACAAAAACACUGUACUUUUGUACCACACAGCUCAUUUUACAGUGGUACUAUUGCGUAUUCCUUCCUUUAAAAUGACAGGAAAAGACAGUAGUUGUAGAGUAAGCACAGUUUACAAUACAUGUUGAUUUGCUGGUAACUAAUAUAUGGGAGGGAAUUUCUUUUUAUGACACACAGGCAUUAUACUGAAUGGCUGUUCUUGAUCAUUUUAAUACCGCUCUUCAACCGAUAAAAUGUGAAUAGUAUUUUUAUAGAUAGUGGAAGUAUUGGCCAGGUGCAUUUGUAAAUAGAGGGAAACAAUACUUUUUGGGCUGCCAUGAUGUUUUUGGUUUCUCUUUUAAUUCUGUCAUAUUACUGCUUUUUGUUGAAUAUUAUUGUGUGUGAUCAGUUUUCUUCUUGGUUUUUAUUUCUGUAUAUAUAUAUAUGUAAUUUAACCAGUGAAUUCUGAUUUUAAAAAGCUUGCAGUUUUUCUAGUCCCCGCUGUUUCCCUCGUAGCUGUAUUUAGAACAACUUGGUGGACUUUGUGGUUAAAAACCUCUUGCUCACAGGGUAGAGGUGCCUUUUCCUUAUUUUGGGUGUAUAUUUCAGUCUCCUCUCCUCCCCCUAUAGCCAUUUUUUGAUUUUGUACAGAAACCACCCAACCAUUGGAGAGAUUGAGGCUCUGUUGUAUUACUGAUGAAUACUUCUCUAUCCUGCAUCUACUGUAUAUCUCUCUCUCAACAUCAUUUCGUAUCAAUUUAACCGGUAUUCAUAAUCAAUAUGUAUUUCAUUCCUAUCUGUGGUCUGAGGAAGCACUAUGGGCCUUGGAUAAUGCGUACAUACUGUACCCACAGACACAAUUUAACAAACACAUAUAGCCUUUGCUCUUCUUGGGCAGCCACAUGAUGCUAGAUUGACUGGUAUCCCUCGUAUCUCCAGUCAGACCCCUGACCCCUGCUCUCUGAUGGUGGAAUUGGGUAAACCAAAUAGCUUUUUGCCUGGAUUAUAUUGUAGAUUUAAAUUGACAUAUUAGUCUGUUGGUCUAUGGAUAUUGGUUUGGUUUAUUGAAUUGGUUCUUCAUGAUUUCAUUGAUUGGUUGAUUGGGAUUUAUCUGACUGUAGUCUAUAAUGUCUAGCCCUGGUCUUAGACCUGUUCCUGGCCCUAGUCCUGGUCCAAGUACUGGUCUUAGUCCUGGUCCAAGUACUAGUCCUGGUCCUGGUCUUAGUUCUGGAGCUGGUCCUAGACCUGUUCCUGGCCCUAGUCCUGUUCCUGGUCCAAGUCCUGGUCCUAGUCCUGGUCCUGGUCUUCAUCCUGGAUCUAGUCCUGGCCCUAGUCCUGGUCCUGGCCCUAGUCCUGGUCCUGGUCCUGGCCCUAGUCCUGGUCCUGGAGAUGGUCCUAGACCUGUUCCUAGUCCUGGUCCUAGUCCUGGAGCUGGUCUGAGACCUGUUCCAGGUCCUGGUCCUAGUCCUGGAGCUGGUCCUAGACCUGGUCCUGGUCCUAGUCCUGGUCCUGGAGCUGGUCUGAGACCUGUUCCUAGUCCUGGUCCUAGUCCUGGAGCUGGUCUGAGACCUGUUCCUAGUCCUGGUCCUAGUCCUGGAGCUGGUCAUAGACCUGUUCCAGGUCCUGGUCCUAGUCCUGGAGCUGGUCAUAGACCUGUUCCUAGUCCUGGUCCUAGUCCUGGAGCUGGUCAUAGACCUGUUCCAGGUCCUGGUCCUAGUCCUGGAGCUGGUCUGAGACCUGUUCCAGGUCCUGGUCCUAGUCCUGGAGCUGGUCAUAGACCUGUUCCAGGUCCUGGUCCUAGUCCUGGAGCUGGUCAUAGACCUGUUCCAGGUCCUGGUCCUAGUCCUGGAGCUGGUCCUAGUCCUGUUCCUAGUCCUGGUCCUAGUCCUGGAGCUGGUCUGAGACCUGUUCCAGGUCCUGGUCCUAGUCCUGGAGCUGGUCAUAGACCUGUUCCAGGUCCUGGUCCUAGUCCUGGAGCUGGUCAUAGACCUGUUCCUAGUCCUGGUCCUAGUCCUGGAGCUGGUCAUAGACCUGUUCCAGGUCCUGGUCCUAGUCCUGGAGCUGGUCAUAGACCUGUUCCAGGUCCUGGUCCUAGUCCUGGAGCUGGUCCUAGUCCUGUUCCUAGUCCUGGUCCUAGUCCUGGAGCUGGUCUGAGACCUGUUCCAGGUCCUGGUCCUAGUCCUGGAGCUGGUCAUAGACCUGUUCCUAGUCCUGGUCCUAGUCCUGGGUCAGGCAUCAGACAGAGCUGUAGCAGCAGAGCCUCUGAUGUUUGGCUGAGGUUCCAUGGAGGAGAGCUCUACUCUCUUUCCAUCCCUUUGCUUUACAGGAUGUUAUUGUCUGAAUCCACUUCAGCGCUGCUUCCAACUGAACGUUUUACCAUUCCCAAGGCUAUAACAUUUAAAUACUUUUCCCGCAGUUUUGUUACAUGAAUCUGUCAAAAAUAUAUUUUUAAUUUAAUAUGAAUAAAGAUCAAUACAAUA